GGUCCUAGGAUUUGAAUCUGUUUUCUCUGUCUUGUCCCCUAUAUCUCUAGAGAGAAACCCAAACCCGGCAGGCAGUCCUGUAGAGAGAGAAACUAAAACCAUUCCAGAAGCUGCCCGUACCAUCACAGCAAUGGCGUUGAUUUCUUUCGUCGGAAGGCUUCUCUUCGUCUCUGUCUUCGUUCUCUCCGCUUACCAAGAGUUUUCUGAAUUUGGCGUAGAUGGUGGACCAGCAGCAAAGGCACUGAGCCCGAAGUUCAGUGCUUUCUCAAAGCAUGUUACCAGCCAAACUGGGCUUCAUUUGCCCCCUCUAGAAAUGAAACAUUUAGUGUUGGGUGCUAUACUCUUGAAGGGAUUGGGAAGCUUUCUGUUUGUCUUUGGAAGCUCCUUUGGAGCUUAUCUUCUGCUUUUGCAUCAGGCAAUUGCUUCCCCUAUCUUGUAUGACUUCUACAACUAUGAUGCUGACAAGAAAGAGUUUGCUCAACUAUUUGUCAAGUUCACCCAGAAUUUGGCUUUGCUGGGGGCACUUCUCUUCUUUAUUGGCAUGAAAAAUUCAAUGCCAAGGAGAUCAGCAAAGAAGAAGGCUCCGAAGACAAAGACAGUUUGAGAAGGGGUUCAGAGUUGCUGUUCUGUUCGGUGGAUCAUAGCCCUAUUACAGAACCUAGAAGCUCGCUGAGGGUUUGGUAGAAUCGUAUUUUUGCAGCUAUACGCUCUAAAGCUUACGUCAUCUUGUUCCUUCUCCAAUUCAACAUUUGUCUUACCUUUUAGGUUACUUUCAGUUAUGAAUAUUUUUGAUUUUUUUUUGGAAUUCCUGAAAUCUGAGUUGCAAUGAUGAAAUUUGAUUUAUUAUUGAAGCCCUGGUAGUUUACAAUU